AUGGUGAAGCAUGAAGAAGCAUUCGCUGAGGCGGCGAGACUGCGCGAGACGCAGCUGAUGGGCGAGCGUGAGGAACUUCGCAAGCUGCUGGCAGCCAGCGAGAUCCGCCUGCGAGAGACCACGGCGACUCUGGAAAGCCGCGCGGCGAGCGCGGAGCAGCAGCUGCAACUCCACGUGGCCAAGCAGGCCCGCGAUGCUGAUCACUUGGCACGACGUGUUCAACUUCGAGCGAAUCGCUGCUCUGAGGCUGCUUUGACAAAGGGAUUGGAGGAGCCUGGCUUGCUUGCAAACUUCGGGCAUCUGUGCUGGUUGGUUGCCUCCCAGGAAGCCUGCAACAGGGCUUGCCAGACAGAUGGCGAGGAGCACGUGACGUUGGAGGCAGCUUGCCAAACAUACAGCGAGGACUGCCCUGCCUGUCGUCACGAUGCUACGGAUUCGUUGCCGGAGACCUCGGCCGAAGAUGGUGCUGGGGAAUUCACCCAUUCCGACCUCCUCAUGCAGCCAUCGAUCCGUUCCAUCCGUCCUUCGAAGCUUUGCGACUUAGCCGCCAACCAGCCCGAAGCGGGUGCAACUGCUUUGAUGUUUGAAGCGAUGGCCAGUGCCACCGUUGAUGAUAUUAUGGAGUGGCGAGUGACUUGCUGUCAGACCGUUCAACCCAAGGUCUUGAUACAUCACCUCUCUGAAAUGGGCAGGUUGGACAGGUCCCAGUCAAUCAUCGAUUUUUCGGUGCAGUUUGACUUCGCUGCAACAGACCCGGUCACCUCCGAAGUCCAAAUGGCAAAGGAUUGCCGACAAAACAAGCUCUUUGAGUGCCGCUGGUGGUGUAUGAGGCUGGCGUGCGCGGACAAAACCCAUUUUCCAGAAAGUGAUGUAAACGACAUCGUCACCGAGAACCUUCGAUCUCUCUUGGUGCACUGCUGUGACGUGGAUGUAUCCGUGAGACUUGCUGCGCACCAUCUUGUUGAGAACUAUGCAUGUGGCGGCCUGCCUUUUGUGCAGCAAUUGAUUGCCGAAGCCAUGCUUGACCGGAUGGAAGACCUGCUGCCAGAGUCCGUUGAAAUCAGCAAAGAGGCCCUGGAGCAGGCAAUGCAGUGUGCAACGCAUCUUACUAGCAUUCUGCGUGCACUGACGAAACCUCAACGUCAGAAGUGGGUGUCCUUGCUGGUCAGAGCCCUCCAAAAUGUGGAGCAGGACCAAGACCAAGACCAGGAGACACUGAUUUCUGAUCUGAAGAUCCUGUGGCGAGUUGAUGGCGAUCCGCGACGAAGCUAUGCGGAAGCAGAGCAGCAACUAAAAGCUUUCUCAAUGCAUGCCAACAGGCAUUUGCAGACGGAGAUUUGGCAUCUCCACUACUGCUGA